AUGGCGGAAAAAGAGGCUACAGUAUACAUUGUGGACAUGGGUAAGUCCAUGGGCGAGCGCCACCAUGGCCGCUCCGUGACCGACCUCGAAUGGGCCAUGCAGUAUGUCUGGGAUAAGAUCACCUCCACGGUGGCUACCGGUCGCAAAACUGCUACUUUGGCUGUGGUUGGACUCAGGACAGACGAAACUCGCAACGAGCUUGAUGAGGAGGAGAACUACCAUAAUAUCUCAGUUCUCUCGGAUUUGGGCCAAGUCCUCAUGCCUGACAUUCGGAGGCUCCGCGAAACAAUCAAGCCCAGUCGAACUAACAGAGGCGACGCUAUCUCUUCAAUUGUCAUCGCCAUGCAGAUGAUCAUCACCUACUGCAAGAAGCUCAAAUACAAGCGGAAGAUUGUUUUGGUGACGAAUGGCACCGGCUCUAUGAGCAACGAGGGCCUCAAGAGUAUCGUUUCAAAACUUCAAGAAGACAACAUUGAGCUGGUGAUCAUUGGAGCCGAUUUCGACGACUCUGAGUACGGCGUUAAGGAAGAAGACAAAGACAGUAGAAAGGCUGACAACGAGGCUCUUCUCCGUGUCCUUGCUGAAGACUGCGAUGGAGUGUUUGGAACGCUGGAGCAAGCCGUUUCGGAACUUGACAUUCCUCGAAUCAAAGUGACCAAGAGUAUGCCCUCUUUCAAGGGGCAUCUGCAGCUUGGUAACUCCGAAGAAUACGAGACCGCAAUCCGCAUACCCGUGAUGCGAUACUUCCGUACAUACGUUGCCAAACCACCAUCAGCAAGUUCUUUCGUGUUGCGCUCCGGAACUGAAGCUGGGCAAGAAUCUGCCCCCGGAAGCCAGGCUCCGGGUGAAGACGAUACACUGACAACAGUACGGACGUCACGGACAUAUCAGAUCAACGAUCCAAAUGCUCCGGGUGGAAAGACAGAUGUGGAACGAGAUGAUCUGGCAAAGGGGUACGAGUACGGACGUACGGUCGUUGCCAUCGAACAGACCGACGAAAAUGUCACGAAUCUGGAGACUUUCGCAGGCAUGGAAAUAAUUGGCUUCAUCCAGAGUGACAAGUAUGAACGGUACUUGCACAUGUCCAACACCAAUGUCAUUAUCGCCGAACGGGCAAAUGACGCCGCAUCGCUUGCAUUGUCCUCUCUUAUCCAUGCACUAUAUGAGCUGGAGUCAUAUGCGGUUGCUCGAUUGGUGACCAAAGAGAACAAGCCCCCUAUGCUCAUCUUGCUGGCUCCCUCUAUCGAGCCGGAUUAUGAGUGCUUGAUCGAAGUACAGCUUCCAUUUGCUGAAGACGUGCGAUCAUAUCGCUUCCCGCCUCUGGAUAGGAUCAUCACAGUCUCUGGUAAGGUGGUUACUGAACACCGCAACCUCCCGAGCGAUAGCUUGAAGGAUGCGAUGAGCGAUUACGUUGACAGCAUGGAGCUGGAAACCACGAAUGAUGAAGGUGAACCUACUAAUGAACUUCCAAUCGACGAGUCAUUCUCCCCAUUGCUGCACCGCCUAGAAUCAGCUGUUCGAUACCGCGCAGUGCACCCCAACGACCCAGUCCUCGAUCCCUCAGAACGCCUCACCCAAUUCGCCCAACCCUCGGAAGCACUGGUCAAGAAGUCGAAAUCUUACCUCGAAAGAUUGAUGUCGGUAGCAGAUAUCAAGAAGGUCCCACCAAAAACAAAGGGCCGUAAACGCCAACGCGAAACCGAGAAACCCCUCUCAGGUCUGGACGUGGACGCCCUCCUAAACCUAGAACCCAAACGCACAAAGAUCUCCGCGGAAAACGCGAUCCCCGAAUUCAAACAAACACUCUCACGCGCCGACAGCGUCGACGCAAUCCAGGACGCCGUAAAGCAAAUGGCUGACAUCAUCGAGACUCAAAUUAAGCACAGUCUCGGCGAUGCCAACUAUGACCGAGUCGUUGAGGGACUUGGCACUAUGCGCGAGGAACUCGUGGAUUAUGAAGAGCCUUCUUCUUAUAAUGACUUCCUGCGCCGGCUUAAGGGGAAGUUAUUGGCGGAGGAACUUGGUGGGGAUCGGAGGGAGUUGUGGUGGCUUGUUCGACGGAAUAAGUUGGGUCUUAUUGACAAGAGUGUUGCGGAAAGUUCGGAUGUUUCUGAGGUCGAGGCUCAGGAGUUCCUUGCUGCUAACUAA